AUGAUCUCCACAAGGCUUGCGCGCAUGGGUGCGCUGGCCCCUAAGUCCCGUCUUUUCCUCGGGUCUCGGGGUCUGGCCACCGUCAACGAGUCUGCCCUCGACAAGAAGGUCGAGAUGACCAACUCUGAGAAGGGUAACUUCAUUAACUACAAGAAGAUGUCCGAGAACCUGGACAUUGUUCGUCGCCGAUUGAGCCGUCCUCUUACCUACGCCGAGAAGGUCCUCUACUCUCACUUGGACGACCCUCACGGCCAGGACAUCGAGCGUGGUACUUCCUACCUGAAGCUGCGCCCCGACCGUGUUGCUUGCCAGGAUGCCACCGCUCAGAUGGCUAUCCUUCAGUUCAUGUCCGCUGGCAUGCCCUCGGUCGCCACUCCUACCACCGUCCACUGCGACCACUUGAUUGAGGCCCAGGUUGGUGGUGAGAAGGAUCUGGCUCGCGCCAACGACAUCAACAAGGAGGUCUACGACUUCUUGGCCUCCUCGACCGCCAAGUACAACAUUGGUUUCUGGAAGCCCGGUUCCGGUAUCAUCCACCAGAUCGUCCUGGAGAACUAUGCCUUCCCCGGUGGUCUGAUGAUCGGCACCGACUCUCACACCCCUAAUGCUGGUGGUCUCGCCAUGGCUGCUAUCGGUGUCGGUGGUGCUGAUGCCGUCGACGUUAUGGCUGGUCUCCCCUGGGAGUUGAAGGCCCCCAAGGUCAUCGGUGUUAAGCUUACCGGCGAGCUGUCCGGAUGGGCCACCCCUAAGGAUAUUAUCCUCAAGGUUGCUGGUCUCCUGACCGUCAAGGGUGGUACUGGUGCCAUCAUUGAGUACCACGGCCCUGGUGUCAACUCUCUUUCUUGCACUGGUAUGGGUACCAUCUGUAACAUGGGUGCUGAGAUUGGUGCCACUACCUCGAUGUUCCCCUUCAACGACCGCAUGCACGACUACCUGCGCGCCACCAAGCGUACUGCCAUCGGUGACUUCGCCCGCUCGUACGCCAAGGAGCUCCGUGAAGACGAGGGCGCCGAGUACGACCAGCUGAUUGAGAUCAACCUCUCUGAGCUUGAGCCUCACAUCAACGGUCCUUUCACCCCCGAUCUUGCCACUCCCAUCUCCCAGUUCAAGGCGGCUGUGGAGGCCAACAAGUGGCCCGAGGAGCUGAAGGUCGGUCUCAUCGGAUCUUGCACCAACUCUUCCUACGAGGACAUGUCUCGUUCCGCUUCCAUCGCCCGGGACGCUCUUGACCACGGUGUCAAGUCCAAGUCUCUGUUCACCGUCACCCCCGGUUCCGAGCAGAUCCGUGCCACCAUCGAGCGUGACGGCCAGCUGCAGACCCUCGAAGAGUUCGGCGGUGUCAUCCUUGCCAACGCUUGCGGUCCCUGCAUUGGUCAGUGGGACCGUAAGGACGUCAAGAAGGGCGAGGCCAACUCCAUCAUCUCUUCCUACAACCGUAACUUCACCGGCCGUAACGACGCCAACCCUGCUACUCACGCUUUCGUCGCCUCCCCCGACCUUGUCCUUGCCAUGUGCGUUGCCGGUACUCUCAAGUUCAACCCUCUCACCGACACCCUGAAGGACAAGGAUGGUAAGGAGUUCAUGCUCAAGCCUCCCUCCGGUGAUGGUCUUCCCAACCGGGGCUACGACCCCGGUCAGGACACCUACCAGGCCCCUCCCGCGGACCGUGAGUCCAUCAGUGUUGCUGUCUCCCCCGAGAGUGACCGUCUGCAGCUCCUCGGUGGCUUCGCCGCUUGGGACGGAAAGGACGCCACCGACAUCCCCAUCCUGAUCAAGUGCCAGGGCAAGACCACCACCGAUCACAUCUCCAUGGCUGGCCCGUGGUUGAAGUACCGUGGACAUCUUGACAACAUCUCCAACAACAUGCUGAUCGGUGCCACCAACGCCGAGAACGGCGAGGCCAACAAGAUCCGCAACGCUUUCACCGGCGAGUUCGAUGCCGUCCCCGCCACUGCCCGUGACUACAAGGCUCGCGGUGUUAAGUGGGUUGUCAUCGGUGACUGGAACUAUGGCGAGGGUAGCUCCCGUGAGCACGCCGCUCUCGAGCCCCGUCACCUGGGUGGUCUUGCCAUCAUCACCCGCUCCUUUGCCCGUAUCCACGAGACCAACCUGAAGAAGCAGGGUAUGCUUCCUCUCACCUUCUCCGACCCCGCCGACUACGACAAGAUCCAGCCCACCGACACCGUUGACCUGCUCUGCACCGAGCUCGAGGUUGGCAAGCCCAUCACCCUCCGUGUCCACCCCAAGAACGGCUCCUCCUUCGACAUCAAGCUGAGCCACACCUUCAACGAGUCCCAGAUCGAGUGGUUCCGGGACGGUUCCGCUCUCAACACCAUGGCCCGCAAGGCUGGCAACUAA